CAACUUGUAAUCCGCGACACAGUCUGCCAUGACAGUCGUCGGUGUCACACGAGUGCGCCGUUGAACUUUUAUCUAUUAUUGACUGUGUUUUUUUGACAAAGGGAACGAUCCAAUGGGCUAGGCUGUUAUACGCUCCGACGGACACGUGUAUGAUCGUUUUGGAGCAACGGCACAAUUGUAUCGAGCAGUCUAGAUCUACAGAAUUAUACGAAUUGCACGCGUCUUUAGUCUAGUGAAUGGCGGCGGGUGGUGUGGUGGCGGUGUUGUGACGUGUGUCUCGUGCCGCGUUGACUGUCAGUUUCGUCGCGUAUCGAAAAUCGCGUCGGUUCCCUGUCUCGUGUGACAUCACCUAUCGUUCCAAGGGCUCGCUCGAUUGUGCCGCGAAGAACUAGUUACGCACGCCGUUGCAACGCUUAACAUUCCUUCGUGUGACUGUAUGGCAUUUGUUUAUGAGCAGAAGCUUUCCAAAGAGCGUGAGAGUAAGGUGUGGUGAAAAAUGACAUGUAGAUUCUCGUUGCUCUUUCGCUCCUGCUUCUCUUUCUCCUUUCCAACCUUCCCCCCUUCCUCUUCGUUCUAGGCACGCGUAUUCCUAUCCUUCCCUUCCGCCUUCUCCCGUCGGUAUACCGGCGACUCGAAAGCCUCGCAAAGGUAAAAGUUUGCUGUCACGCGCGAUUGUCACGAUAUUGUUUUCACACGGAAUGAUGCUUUCCGGUGGCGAAGCAGCGGAGAAAAAAAUUAACACGACUAACACAAAAGCGGACUAUCCAAGUGCAUAAAACCGUGUUUUCGAUCAGUCGUCGUGCAUUCUAUACAAGGGGACACUUUCCAUUCGUUUUAACCAAUCGACUCACUUUCCUGUGUGUAAAAAGCCUUCGGAAGCAACGCAACGGAAGAAUCUUAGAAAAAUUCAGUUUUGGCAUACCUUGUUGGGAUCGAAUGCCGGAAACGACCGGCCAUGAAGAAACAGUUUGCUCUGGUAGGUUCACGCCCCUGUACGCGUCACGUCUCACCAUACCGUCAAUCAUCGACUGAAAAUCUACCAACGCAUACAGUGCUUCGUGAUCUGUGCCGCGUGAAAAUCCAGUGUUGCAAAUUUCGCGAGUAAUGCGCGAGUGUUGGCCGUGCCUGUUAUUGGUUCCGUUUCGAGUGGGAAUACAUUGAAGCGUGCCGAAGGAAACGUGCCUCGUAUUGUAUCGUAAAAUAACGGGGCAUCGAAAGUGACGUAUCGUUUACUCGGAAUUCGUUCGUGACAGGGAAUUUCCUGUUACCGAUUUGCGCUCGCUUGGCGCGUACGCAACGUUGCGCGAGCGUGCACGCCCCUCCCCCCUUCCCUCUCUCCAGGCAUCGUACAGCCGUCGCAGGGGAGUGAUUUCGUCGGUUGUUUAGUGUUUGCACGUAACGGCGGUGUGACCGAGCACACAUAGUCGUUUCGAUGGACAGUGUCGCGUUAUGCGUGCGGGGCCAACCGAAAUACGCGACUGCGCGUAGAACUGUGCACGCGCGAGCUAUCAAGAGAGGAGAGAUAUCCUGCAUUAUCUCUUUCUCACGUUCGACUCAAGAUCUGUGCUGUGAAUGAGAAGAUGUUUAACUUUAUGAAGAAGGCUGCGGAGAAGGACGACAAGGAGAAGCGGAAGCGUGAGAAGAAGGAACGGAAAGAUGUCAAGAAAAGAGAUCGUAGUAGUAUGUCCGCUGAGGAAUUGCUACGUUUGGACGAAGUGCGGAGGUCGUUGAAGAUCCCUGGUCGCCGGAAAGAGAAGGAAAAAUUGCCUAGUGGUAUCACCGCAGACUACAGUGCGUCGUUUUUCGCCUACCUGGACCGUGAUCUACUGGAGAACUCUCAAAACUCGUCGAGCUCGGGACAAAGUGUCCGUACCGGCAACAACUGGACCACCAGAACGCCUGAUGGUCUAACUCAGAGCGACUCUUCGGAGACCUCCCUGACCUCGCUGACUAUCACGACCACCACGUCCUCGGCAGCCCCGACCAACGUGUCUGGUCAGUCAGGAAAGAACCUGCCACCCCUGCCACCGAAACCUCCAAAACGAGGAAUCUUGAAGGGACCACGUCUGAGCGUGAGCAGCACUGUGAACUCGUUAUCAGAGGAGAGCCACUUGCCGAACGGGAACGAGACGAAUUACCAGGAGGCUAGCAAUCUGUUGGUGAGGAACACGCUUCAGAACGAGGUGAUCGCGUACCAGAACGUGCCAGCUCAUUUGCCAGGAUUCGGCAACGCCAUUGGCAAAGAGGAAGCUUGCAGCGAGGAGGAAACGCAGACUGGUCAGGGUCCGUGGCAGGUGUCGCCUCAGCGCGCAGCCCAGCAAGCUCAGCAGCAUCAUCAGCAGCAGCAACAGCAGCAACAACAUCAUCACCAUCACCAGGGCGACACCAAGCUGCUGCAGGUGGUGACCAGUGCAAGCCCGUCCGCAGACUCCCUAACAGACACCACGAAUUCCAGCUUUGCAACGCCACCCUUCAGCCUGUCGCCCGUAGGAGAGUCCCAAGGAUUGUCGAGGUGGCGAUCCUCGGCAUCCUUCGAGGAGCAAGGCGUCGAGCUGCAGUUACCGGAGAUCAUCCCUCUGGAACUGCCGGAUCCUCGCGAGCUCACGAUCCAGAGGCAACCCCCGCCGAGGAACGAUUUUGGUUUCUCCUUGCGUCGAGCCGUGAUCGUGGAGCGAGCCGCAAACGGUGUCACGCAGAUGAGACCCGUGAUCUUCGCCGAACCCGGGUCGCUGAUACAGCACAACAAUGACACCGGUUUGCUGCCAGGCGACAGGCUGAUCGAGGUCAAUGGAAUCAACGUCGAUGACAAAUCGCGCGAGGAGAUCAUCGACCUCAUUAAGGGAUCCGUCAACAGCGUCACCGUUAAGGUGCAGCCAGUGGCAGAAUUGUCGGAAUUGUCAAGACGAGGUGGCAGCGACGGUCGUCAGGUCGAGCUGGCUGCCGCGAAUAUCCGCGGUGGUACCCUUCGUCGAUCUGGUAGUUUGCGGUUUCAUCAAAACAUGACACUUGAGGACGGAAGAAGGAAUGUUAAGGCACGAUCAGAGGAGCAUCUGGCGCAAGAACAGGCAUGGCUGAGUUCCGAGAGGAUUUGGCUGUUACAUCGGGGUGGUUUUACUCCUGCGACGAAAUGUGGUCCAGCAGACCCGGACACAGGGAAGUUGAGAAUUCGUCUGACAACUUCGGGCGAGGAACUUCUUGUAGACGAAGAGGACGUCGAAAAGGCCAAUCCCCCUCAGUUUGACAAGGCCGAGGAGCUCUCGCAAUUACGUUUUCUCAAUGAAUCUUCUGUUCUCCACUCACUGAGACAACGUUACGCCAGUAAUUUAAUACACACAUAUGCGGGAGAUAGCAUGAUCAUUAUCAAUCCGGUGGCGCCACUGGCGAUUUACUCGGAAAAGGUGGCACACAUGUUUAGAGGAUGCAAGAGCGAAGAUAUGCCGCCUCAUGUUUAUGCGAUGGCGCAAGCAGCCUACAGAGGGAUGUUAGCAACUCGAAGAGACCAUUCCUUAGUUUUUCUGGGUCGUAGUGGAUCAGGCAAAACAACAAAUUUUAAACAUGCUCUUCAUUAUCUUGUAUUGGCUGCAGGCACAGUUAACAAGAUUCUGACCAUCGAAAAACUCAACGCCCUUUUCACAGUCCUGGAGGCUUUUGGAAAUAGUAGGACGCAUAUGAAUUCCAAUGCAACGCGUUUUACACAGAUCUUUAGUUUGGAUUUCGAUCAAUCAGGGCAAAUAGCAUCCGCAUCUUUGCAGGUAUUGCUUUUGGAAAAAUCCAGGAUAGGCAGAAGAGCGAAUGGAGAGCCAACCUUCCAUGCGAUUUACCGUUUGCUGGCAGGCGCAGAGGGUGCUCUCAGAAAGGAAUUGCACCUUACCAAUCUAGUCGCGGAGAACAAUGCGUUCAUUACACCUCUGCAAAAGCACGAAGACAAGCAACGUGCUAUGGUCGAGUUUAAUCGAAUCGUGGCCGCCUUUAGGAUUCUUGGUGUUUUCGAGGCCGACGAGAAAGUCAUUUGGCUGGUCCUUGCUGGUAUAUAUCAUCUGAGCUGUGCCGGUGCGGUUAAAGCUGGCACCAGCUCGCAAAGUCGAUGGCAGUUUGCAAGAGUCGAGUGUGCAGAGAAAGCUGCCACGUUAUUGGGUACUACCGUCGAGGAAUUGAGUAGAAUAGUCUUUUCUUCCAACGGAGGUGGUGCUGGUACACCAAGUACUCCAAGACCUGCUCUACGUACACCGAGUCCUACGGAACAAAGCAAAGAUAUCAUGGGCUUAGAUGCCCUCGAAGGUCUUCUCAUUGGACUUUAUUCUGAAGUGUUCCAUUGUGUAGCUGCUCUCAUCAAUAGAUCCAUAUCAUCCUCCGUGCACACAGUGUCGUCCUUGUUACUGUGUGACUCGCCAGGUUUUCAGAAUCCGGCCUCCUGUGGACGACAAACUGGAGCUUGUUUCGAAGACCUCUGUCACAAUUACUUGCAAGAACGGCUCCAGUUGCUGUUCCAUCAUACGACUCUGGUGGCCCCAAAGGACAGGUACGUCCAAGAAGGAAUUGACGUAGAUUACGAAGAUGACUGCGAUGAAGAUGGAAUUGGAUCGCCUCAGGGUUUAAUUUCGCUAUUAGAUCGCGGAAGUUCGCAAGGUGCGACGAUGUUGCGAACUAGUCAAAGUGACCUUAGUGGUAGUAGACAGAUGGAACGAAAGGGUCUUCUAUGGUUGCUAGACGAAGAAACAGUAUGUCCUGGUGGUAGCGACGAAACAUUUUUAGAUCGAUUGUUUUCUCAUUAUGGAGAUAGAGAUCAUCAGAUAUUGCUAAGAAAAGCACCUGGGAACAAUCAAUUUGUCUUACAACAUUUGUUGGGUACUAACCCUGUACUAUAUACAGCAACAGGAUGGCUGAAAGCGACGCGAGAAAAUCCUGUUACUAAAAGUGCCAUUACUAUACUCCAAGAAAGUACAAGGGAAGAUGUCAAUAUGCUAUUCGUUAGUGCACGUGGAGCUGGGGUAUCUGGAACCUUAUGUAGUUCUAUGCCUGGUUUAGAAGGUUCACAGUCUCUAAGAAGAGCUUCUAGUAUACGACGAACAUUCACUGCCGUAAAAAGAAAAAAUAUUUGCCUUCAAGUCAAAUUCACUGUUGAUGGAUUAAUUGAAACUUUACGAAGAACUCGAGUUAAAUUCGUCCAUUGUAUACUGCCGCAACACAAUGCUGGUUGCACUGACAAUAAAAGUCUAUUAUCAGUAAAGUCGAAUCAAAGCGAGGACAGUGUUAUUAACGUACCUCUUCUACGAUCACAGAUUCGUGGAAGCCAAAUAAUUGAUGCAGUUCGACUACAUAAAGUUGGAUUCCCUAAGCACAUGGCUUUGGGUGAAUUCAGAAGACGAUUCGGCUUAUUGUCAAGCGAUGUAAACACACGACCAGGUAGUCCUGUAGCUGAUGAACGUCGUGCUGUGGAAGAUAUGAUGCUCACCGUAGAUGUAGAUCCAGCAUUGUAUCGAGUUGGUCAAAGUCAG